AUCACACGUAACAGGAAGUAACGCGACACAAACAGAAGCUCGUAGCCAUCUAGUCGACUGCAUCGGAUAAACACGCAAUUAACUUAUGUGGUGAAUCAGUAAGAUUAGUUUCACUACAACUGCAACGACGAACGAGUGUGAAAAUGUCUGCAAGGGCCACGGCAAGGUACGUGGAGGAAAAGGACCGUACUCGUCGACGACUGGAAGAUCUUGGGCUGCAGCCUUAUGUUGUGUUACGCAGAGCUGACGUCACUGAAGCUAUUCGUCCUAAGCAGCAGGAGCCAGAGCUCACCCACAUUAAAGAGGAGGAAGAUUUGGGCAAAGAGGUCCACCACUUGAAUGAACAAAUGCAGCAGACGUUUCUUUGCACCGUAAAGAAGGAGGAAGAGCCGGAGUGGCCUUGUAUCGAAGAGGAGGGAGAAGACUCCUGUGACAUUAAAAAGGAGGAGGAGGAGAUGCCAUUGACUGGUGUCCCUUUAAAGAGUUUUGAUGAGGUGAGCAAAGGGGCGGAGCCUCCAAGCUGUAGCUCAAGUCAACAAAUGACCCGAGAAGGUGACGGAGACCGCUGUGGAGGAUCACAAGCAGCUCCACCAUCAGAUAGUGCUGAUGUGUCGUCACAUGCUACUGCUGAUGAGGCUAAAAAAAAACACAGGCAAUCUUCUCAGUGUGGGAAACGUUGUGCUAAUAACAGUGUUUUGAAACAACACAUGAGAAUGCACACAAGAAAGAAAAACCUUUCCUGCUCAGUUUGUGGCCAAAAAGUCUCUCAUAGGCGAAGCUUAAUCAGGCACACAAGAAUCCACACUGGCGAGAAACCUUUUUCAUGCUCAGUUUGUGGCCAAAGAUUUUCAGUGAAGGCAAACUUAAAAAGGUACACAAGAACCCACACUGGCGAGAAACCUUUUUCAUGCUCCUUUUGUGGCCAAAGAUUUAGUCAGAAAGGACAUCUAAUAAUUCAUACAAGAAUCCACACUGGCGAGAAACUUUUUUCAUGCUCAGUUUGUGGCCAGAAAUUCAGUGAUAAGAGAACCUUAAAAUGUCAUGCAAGAAUCCACACUGGUGAGCAACCUUAUUCAUGCUCAGUUUGUGGCCAGAAAUUCUCUAAGAGGGGAAGUCUAACAGUUCAUACAAGAAUCCACACUGGUGAGAAACCUUUUUCAUGCUCAGUUUGUGGCCAAAACUUCUCUGAGAAGGGAAGUCUAAGAUGUCAUACAAGAACCCACACUGGUGAGAAACCUUUUUCAUGCUCAGUUUGUGGCCAAAGGUUUCCAGUGAAAGCAAACUUAAAAAGGCAUACAAGAAUCCAUACUGGUGAGAAACCUUUUUCAUGCUCCGUUUGUGGCCAAAGAUUUAGUCGUAGAGGACUUCUAACAAUUCAUACAAGCACCCACACUGGUGAGAAACCUUUUUCAUGCUCAGUUUGUGGCAAAAGAUUCUCUGAGAAAGCAACUUUAACAAGACAUACAAGAAUCCACACUGGUGAGAAAUCUUUUUCAUGCCCAGUUUGUGGCCAAAUAUUCAGUCGGAAGGCAAAUUUAACAAGACAUAAAACAAUCCACACUGGCGAGAAACCUUUUUCAUGCUCAGUUUGUGGCCAAAGGUUUCGUCAUAGAGGACCUCUAACACGUCAUUCAAGAACCCACACUGGUGAGAAACCUUUUUCAUGCUCAGUUUGUGGCCAAAGAUUCUCUGAGAAGAGAAACUUAAAAAUGCACACAAUAAUCCACACUUUUGACAAACCUUUUUCAUGUUCAGUUUGUGGCCAAAGAUUCAAUCAUAAAGGACAUCUAACAAGUCAUACAAGAAUCCACACUGGUGAGAAACCUUUUUCAUGCUCAGUUUGUGGCCAAAGAUUCUCUGAGAAGGUAACUUUAACAAGGCAUACAAUAAUCCACACUGGUGAGAAACCUUAUUCAUGCUCAGUUUGUGGCCAAAGAUUUAGUCGGAAGGCAACUUUAACAAGUCAUACAAGAAUCCACACUGGCGAGAAACCUUUUUCAUGCUCAGUUUGUGGCCAAAAAUUCUCUGAGAGGGCAAAUUUAAUUACGCACACAAGAAUCCACACUGGCGAGAAACCUUUUUCAUGCGCCGUUUGUGGCCAAAGAUUUAGUCAUAGAGGAUCUCUAACACUUCAUACAAGAACCCACACUGGUGAGGAACCUUUUUCAUGCUCAGUUUGUGGCCAGAAAUUCAGCGAUAAGAGAACCGUAAAACGUCAUGCAAGAAUUCACACUGGCGAAAACCCUGUUGCCUGCUCAGUCACUUCCCAAAAAGUCUUUAUUGAGAAUUCUGAAUUUGUUGGGGAGAUAAUCAAUGGUCCGUGAAGUUUUCAUCUUCUAUUUGAGCAGAAUCAUGAGUUUUUGCAUCAAUGGUAAUUCUGUUCUAUGUACCUUCUGAUUGGGAUGCUAAACUCCUUUCCUUCACCACAGUGAGAAGUUCAUGUUUUAGUCGUACUGAAUUUGAGGACAUAGUUAACCGGCCUCGGGAUGAUAACAGUUUUGUAAUUGUCAUACUUGAUAUUUAUUUAGUUUUGAGUUGUGGAUUUGUACUGAAAUUAAUUCUAUUUCAUAUGAAGUGAAAGUUGCUUAGUUUUUAUUAGUGUUUAGGGUUUAGUUUUGUUCAGCGUUUCAUGUUAAGGUUGUUGUCCCCAUAUUUGUCCAGACUUGUUCAGAAGCAAGCACGACACGUGUGGCCAUUCAGCCCUGCUCUCUGCACUGGAAAAAGCUAACCAAUCAAAGAGGGGCAUGACACACCAAAAUCCGAAACUACGGGGACAAAUAGAAAGUUGAGCUGCACAAUGAUUUAAACUCCCCUCCAAAAUUGAGGCUAAUUCUUUUCAUUUUGCAGUGAAAAUAGAUGAAGCAAUUUGAGUAGAAAUGCCGAAUGAGAAAAUAUGAAAGCAUGUGGAAUGCCUUCCAAUCAUGAAAUGAAAUGAGAAUGGGUUGUAUGGGAUGACAUUGAACAAUGUGGAAUCAUAUGGAGUUAUGCAGAAUGAUAAUAAAUGAUGAUGAACGAUGA